GGAGCGACCCGGACGCGCAGGAUUUGCGCAGGAUUGCUUCUUGCCUUAUCUGAUAAGAUCCAGCUGAUCCGGGCGCGCCCUCUGCACGUGAAAGGCACGUGGCUGGCUCGAACGCGCCCUUGCCUGCAGCGCGGAUUUUCUGGCAGCGACGUCCGCGACUCCGCGUAUGCAACAUGGCCACACGGUGCUCCUCUGCCCUCAGGGUUAUUGCCCGAACACACCGCGCCGCUCGUUCCAGCGCAUUCGCGAGCUCGUCAAGAUGUCUCGCUACCGCGGCGGCCACAGAGCCCUCGUCAACACCUCCGCCUCCACCGCCUGCCAGCGCCGCUGACCCGAAGAUCAAGAAGAUUGUUGACGACAUCUCUGGUCUUACCUUGCUGCAGGCGUCGGAUCUGGUGGCUCUCUUGAAGUCGAGACUGAACAUUCAGGAGAUCGCCAUGCCAGCAGCUGCUGCACCAGCCGCCGCCCCUGCGGAGGCAGCACCAGAGGUAGCGGAGGAAAAGCCGAAGGAGAAGUCAGUGUUCACCGUCAAGCUCGAGUCCUUCGAGGCCACUGCGAAGCCCAAAAUCAUCCGGGAGGUGAAGGCUAUGGUUCCCAACCUGACUCUCAUCGAGGCCAAGAAGUUCGUGGAGUCCUUGCCACAAACACUCAAAGCGAACGUGAACAAGGAGGAUGCAGAGAAGCUGCAAAAGACCUUCCAGGACCUCGGAGCCAUCAUCAAGCUCGAGUGAUCAUAGACUUCUGUAUAGCCUACCCCUUCUUAUCACUAAUUGCAUGGGGCCCUGGUCGUCAUACAUAUGCUGUCUCAUACGUCCGCAAGCGUGUACUUGGCAGCGAUGUCGCUUCCUGCAAUAUUGUCCCGCGCCUAUCCACACCGUAUGCGCACUGGCACUGAAGAUGCAGAAGAUGCGUAG